GACGGUGGCAGCCGAGGCGAGAGGAUGAAAGGCGAGGGAGGGGAGACAGGUAGCCUGAAGGGGAAGGAACGAAGUGGGCGUGGCUAGGUAGAGACGCCAUAAGCGGCGAGCCAACCAUAGCCGGCGUAUGUGUCGGAAGGAGGGGCUCUCUUCCGGACUAUUGGUGGAGCCGAUUGUCUUUUAAGGAGGCGAGAGGAUGAAAGGCGAGGAAAGGGAGACAGGUAGCCUAAGGGAUGGUGAAGGAAUAGACGGGACCAAGUGGGCGUGGCUAGAGAGGGAAACGCCAGGUGGGCCAAUGACAGCCGGCGCCCUUGACGGGAGGAGGGGCUCUCUUCCGGUGUAUUGGCGGAGCUGGAUGUCUUUUACAGAGGCGAGAGGUUGAAAAGCGAGGGAGGGGAGACAGAUAGCCUGAAGGGGGGGUGGAAUAGAAGGGACCAAGUGGGCGUGGCUAGGGAGAGGAGCCAUAAGCGGCGAGCCAAUCACAGCCGGCACCCUUGACGGGAGAAGGGGCUCUCUGCCAAUCUAUUGGUGGAGCCGGGUGUCUUUUACGAAAGCGAAGGAGGGGAGCGAGCGAGUAUUUGUGAGUGCGUCCGUUGAGAGGAGAGGGGAGCGCGCGCGGCUGGUCGGCCGUUGGGUCACGUGUUGUUUUGCUCUCGGCGGCGGAGCCUGAGGAGGAGGAGGAGGCGACGUCCGUGGUCCUGAAAGGAAGCUGGGGAACAGGUGCCGCCCUGGAGCAGGCUGUGGCGGUGCGGAGGAAGGAUGGCCAGGCCCUCGGGGACGACGACAACGACGGAGACGCCGCCUCACAACAACAACCACCAAAAUAACAAUAACAACCCUGCUCCUGCUUCUCCUGCGCCGCCAACUGAAGAGGCAGUGCCGCCUCCUCCUCCUGGGGUCCAGAAGAGUGGCUACUUGAGGCGGCACAACAAGCAUGGCCACCGGCGCUUCUUCGUCCUGCGGGCGCCUCCCGAGCCCUCCUCAUCUGCCCGCCUUGAAUACUACGAGAGCGAGAAGAAGUGGAGGGGAAAGGCGGCCUCCUCCUCGCCGUCGUCGAAGCGUUGCCUGUUGCUGGGAUCAUGCCUGGCGGUACACAAGCGUGCUGACGCCCGGCACAAGCACCUGAUCGCCCUCUACACCCGCGAGGAGUACUGGGCCUUGGCGGCGGAGAGUGAGCAGGAGCAGGAGGCCUGGUACCAGGCCAUCGCACAGAUCCUUCGCAGCCGCGGAGCUCCAGCCUCCCUCUCCCCAGCAGAGGACCGCAGCGAGGAAGAGGAGGACGAGCCAGGCUCCUACAGCGAGGUGUGGCAGGUGUCAGUGCGGGCAAAGGGCCUGGGCCAGAGCCGGCAGCUCUCGGGGCUUCACCGCCUGUGCCUGGCCACGCAGACAGUGGCCCUGGUGCGGCCCAACUGCCGGCGCCCCAGCGCCUCCCUCCAACUCAUGAACAUUCGGCGCUGCGGUCACUCGGACAGCUUCUUUUUCAUGGAGCUGGGCCGCUCAGCCUUCACGGGGCCUGGGGAGCUCUGGAUGCAGGCCGACGAUGCUGUGGUGGCCCAGAACAUCCACGAGACCAUCCUGGAGGCCAUGAAGGCCCUGCGAGGGGAGCCUCACGAGUUCCGGCCCAGGAGCAAGAGCCAGUCCUCCGCUUCCUCUUCCUCCUCGGGGGGCGCCCUCCCUGCCACUGUCACCGGAGCCGGGCUCGCCUUCAUGUGCAGCCGGCCCAUCUCCGUCCCGGGGCCUCGGCGCCACCACCACAACCACCACCAUCUGCCCCCUAGCCAGACGGGCCUCCUCCGCCGGUCAAGGACUGACAUCUUGGCCGCCACCACUGCCAGGACCACCAUCACCACCAGCAAUGGCAACCGAGGGCGUACGACAAGCGAGGGGGAUGGCUGUAAAGUUGGCUUGCUCUCUGGAAGCCCCUUGAGCCUCGAGGCUGCGCAAGCCCCCCUCAGCCACUCACACUCUCUGACUAUGGCCUGUUGCCCCCUGCCUGGCCCAUCAGCCACACAAUCCAGUCGCUCUCUGGCCUUGGGGCACUCACCCUCCUUAGUGUCCAGGCUGGGCCAGCAGACUUCCAGUUGCAGCGCCUCGGCCUCCGGCUCCCCUGGCGAUCCUGCUGGUUUCGUGGCCUUGGAUGACCUGGGCUCCUCUUUGACCAUGAACAGUAGCAACCUCAGCAACACCCCAGAGACGCCUCCUGGCCAGGAGCUGGACAACUACAUGGCCAUGGAACGGGGACAUUUCCAUUACCACCCUUGCCUUUGUGAGGGCGCCGGAAGAGACAGGGCUCUCAGGAAGCGUACCUACUCAUUGACGACACCGGCACACCAUUGUUUGGUGCCGCUUUCCUCAGCCUCUCUGGAUGAGUACACGCUCAUGCGGGCCACAUUAACCACCAAAGCGUCCUCCUCCCCUUCCCCAAGGAUGACCUCUGCUCCUUAUCAUGAGGAUUACUGUGAUGUGGACAUUGGAUCUGGGGGCACCAGCAGCAGUAGCAGCUUACACCUUGGCUGCAGCGGGGGUAAGGAGGAAGGCUACAUGCUCAUGGCCCCCCAGGCAGUAUCAAUUUUGCCAGUGCAGGAUGGUUGUGAUAGUUACCUGUCUCUGAGUCCUGCUAGAGUGUCACCACCUGGACAAGUUUUGUACCCUCUCCCUUACAGGAUCAGCAGUGAGAGCUCCUCAGAUGACAGCGGCUACAUGCACAUGUGGGGCACAGGCACUGGUCUGUCUGGGGAGAGCCCAGAUGGGAGGCCAGCCAGCGGUGACUAUAUCAACAUGUCCCCCUUGUUUCCUCCUUUGUGUAGACCUUCUCCUUCUGCCUCAUGUGAUGGUUUCAACAAACAGGGCUCUGGAAGGCAGUCCAGCUGCGUCUGUAGCCCUUCCCAAGCCUACUGGAGCCAGCCAAAUGCUCUGGGUGAAAGAAAGAACAGUGACCAAUAUAUGUUUAUGAGUUCCCCAGAAGGGAGACUGAACCACAUUCCCAAAGCAGAAGUCAGCCACACCGCAAUGCCUUUACCCCUGCACCACAGCCGAACAGAGUAUUUCCUCAACCAGCAGGAAGGCAGUGACCAACUCAGUCAUCAUUCCCUGGGGUUGUUGUUGCCCAGCAUGGAUGAGCCCCCCACUUUAAAUGAACCCCAGAGUCCCAGUGGGGAAUAUGUCAACAUUAGCUACUCUCAGGGACCACUCUGUUACAGCUCCACCUUCUUGCUUGGCUCCAACUCCAGUGGUCGCAGCAGCUCCCUUAACUCCAGCUAUACAAACACUAAAUCGGAUGGGUCACGGUCAGGUGCCAUUUCAGUGGAGUCCUUGGAGGGAGUGCUUUUGCCAGACGCCUGCCCUAGCCCAGGGCACUCUGACAAGCCUUAUGUAAAGGUAGGAGGGACACAGGGGGCUUGCCUUUCCAGCCCACUUUCAGAGGCUGGUGACUAUACAGAGAUGCUUUUCACAACAGCCACUGCUCCACCCCAGCCCAUCUCACAUAAGCCGGAACCGGUUCGUGUAAGCAGCCCAAUUGCUGGACUGAAGCGGCUUACGCUUUCUGGGUUGGAGACCUUUAUCUUUACCAGUCCUCCUCCUGAUCCCAAUCAUGGAGCCAAAGUAAUCCGUGCUGACCCUCAGGGACGCCGCAGACACAGUUCAGAGACGUUCUCCUCCACUACCACUGUGACCCCUGUUUCUCCUUCUUUUGCACACAAUCCCAAGCGACACAACUCUGCCUCUGUGGAAAAUGUGUCCCUCAGGAAAAAUGAAGGCUUAGUGGAGGAACAAAACAGCAGCCCCAUGUGCCGGGAGACCUCUGCUGGCUUCCAGCAAGGCCUCAACCAUAUUGCUCUUGGUGCAUUAGAGGGAGACCAUCUGGCAAAUGCUUAUAAAGGCAAGCACAAAGGCACACAUCCUCUCAAUGGGAGUAUUGAUGGUACUUAUACCACUACAGAUUUCCAGACCUGCAGUCUUAAUGAAGCUUCAGUAAAAGUUUGUUAAGAGUUGUUGCCAUAUUGAUUCCAACGAACAAGAGACAAAGUUGAAUGAAGAAGCAUGUUUCACCAUCAUGAACCCGACGUCCAUUUUUGAAGCUGCUUGCAGAUUUUCCCCCCAAAAGAUUAAAUCUUAAAACUACAUUUUAUGUAGCUUUCAGAACAGUUCUUUAUUAAAUUGAAUAGGAACUGAACCAUCUGGGUUGUUUUGCAACACUGUGCUGCUGUUUGCAUAAAUGGUGCUCUUUUAGGAGUUUGGACCUCUUCAGUUGGUGUAUUGAUUAUGGCCAUUACCUUUUCAACACAGAUGAACUAUACAUGUUCUUCAGCAUGGUGGGAUGUUCCACUUGCACAUACUACAGCAGUGAAAUAUGGUGUUUAAUUACUGGUGUCCUUUUAAACCUCUGCAGCACUACCUCAGAUAAGAAUGAAACUGGAUUUGUAUUGCAUUGCCUAGCAUUAUUCUGUAUCUUACUGCUGAAUGCUGUACAGUCACCAACCUUAUGGAACCUACAGUAUCAAAAAAUAACAGAAUGGUGCUGGUCACUUGCUUCUUAGUUACUAGCUGCUCUGUUAAUUUAUCAGGUAGCGAUGAGGAUGAGAAAUUAAAGAUUUUAAACAAACAGAAACUUGAAAGCUUAGAUUCCUAUGAAUAUAUUUAUGAUCAUUGUAAAACAAGCAACAGAACUUAGUAUGAUUAACUUUUACUAGGAAGUCAUUGGCGGGGUACAAACCGCCGCUUUGCGGCACUCCCCCGCUGCCGCCAUUUGCUCUGCGCGGGAGCCGCAGCAGCCAAACCGCGUGACUCCCGCGCGGAGCAAAAA